AUGGCGCUGAUACAAGCUCGGAGAAACUUAUCGAAGACAAGUUCUUUAGAGGCAGCAAGAGUCGUGCAAACGCUUCGCCGCGACAGUAUCGUAAAUAUUUAUCCGACUCUCCCAACAAUUUUUCCCGCAACCAUCGCGUUCUCUGAUCUUGCGACAUCUUCGCGAGCAAAAUCGACGGCGUAUUACGCAGAAUAUGCAAACCCAAUCUGCGACUAUCAACAAUUCCAAGACCAAUAUCUAAGUGAUGGAUCGAUGGCAUUCCAAUGGUUUGCGCCACCUCCUCCAGUCUUUGCAUGCCAUUUUUGA